AUGUCGUGGGAGAUCCGUGUUGGUUACCAGAUUCAUGAACUGCCUUGCAGAUUGCAAGGUUUCUAUUCCCCCUUGACUGACUGCGGCUUUGUGGAACUCUCCAUAGAGAAGAAGAAAACCCUGGAAAUGCUGGAGGAGAAUGAGAACCAGCUGCAGACACUGGCCAAUCAGAGCGAGCAGCCCCCUCCCAGUGGGGGUCUCCAUAGCAACCUGAGGCAUAUAGAGGAGAAGAUGCAGCAGCUCUUAGAGGAGAAGCUCCUGGCGGAGAAGCGGAUGAAGGAGAACGAGGAGCGCUCGCGGGCCCUGGAGGAGGAGCGGGAGUUCUAUUCCAGCCAGUCCCAGGCGCUGCAGAACUCGCUGCAGGAGCUGACAGCGGAGAAGCAGCAGGCCGAGCGCGAGCUCAAGGCUGAGGUGAAGGUCCGCGUGGACCUGGAGAGGCGCCUGCGGGAGGCAGAGGGGGCCUUGCGGAGCCUGGAGCAAGGGCUCAACUCCAAGGUGCGGAACAAGGAGAAGGAGGAGAGGAUGCGGGCUGACGUGAGCCACCUGAAGAGGUUCUUUGAAGAGUGCAUCCGGAAUGCGGAGCUGGAGGCCAAGAUGCCGGUCAUCAUGAAGAAUUCCGUGUACAUCCACAAGGCGGCCACUCGCCGCAUCAAGAGCUGCCGCUUCCACCGGCGCCGGUCCAGCACCUCCUGGAAUGACGUGAAGCCGUCCCAGUCCUUCAUGACCUCCCAGCUGGAAGCCAACAACAUGGAGGAGCUGAGGGAGGUGGCCAAGCGGCUCAGCCGGGACCAGCGCUUCCGCGAAUCCAUCUACCACAUCAUGGCGACCCAGCCUGGAGCCCCCUCUGCGCUCCCCCCCGCGGGAAAGUGAUGGCCGCCCCUCCCCGCCGCCCAGGUCCUUCCUCACUGGGGGCAGGAGGGAGUGGGCGGGGGAGGCCUGACUCUACAGGGCUCCUCUCUGCCAACGCUCCAUGUGGGGGCCAGCCUCACCCGCAAAGGACAGGGGCGCCACCUCCCUCACCCUCACCCCAGACCCUACCCUUGGGUCAGGUCAGGCCAAAGCUGGGUGCCGCCUGGUUGUCAUGGUAAAGCAAGGAUGGGGCCUGGCGGCACGGAGAGACUUUUCUGGCCGGGGAGUGGGCUGGGCAGGGCCCACCACCUUCUGCCGUGCCCGCCAUACUUCUCUGUGACUCUGCCGCCCUCCCCACCUUGACCCUUGCUUCCCAGGGCUUCCCAACCCUCUUUGCUUCUGAGACCCACAGGCGUCCCUCGGUCAAGGCCCCUCUGACCACACCGCGGAAGAAAGGGAGCGGGCACAGCCGCUCUGGGCCAGUGGCCUACCACCCUCGCCAGACACAACGUUCCUGGGGCCGGGCCCUGGCUGUGGGGCCACCCGCGCCCUGCCCUCCUCAGGGGGACUCGCCCACCUGCAGCCUCCGUGCCCUCCGGGGAAGACCUGACAUUCCUCCUGUGCAUGCACCGAGGGCCCUGGCGGGAGGGAGCUGUGGCCCGCAGCGAAACCGAGGUCUCUCCCAGAGGACGGGCAGCAAGUCAGGGAGAGGAAGAAGGCGGCUGGGCUCCUCCAUUAUCGACUCCUGGCCGGGCAGGGAGGCUGCUCCCUCCGGCCUCCGUGGCCCUGCUGGGCUGCGGGACCCCAGAGACCUCCCUCCAAGCUGCCCCUCCUUGGGUCACCUUGCUGCCUCCUCUCCUGCAGAUGCUUUACCCAGUGAAACAAUGUGACCACGAGCCCUGGAAGAUGGGGGGGCCAUUGGUUGGCCCAGGGUCAUCAGAGGCAAAGCCGAAACAUCUGUUCGCAGCUUUUGUGGGAGACACUGCCCUACAGGGUGCUAAGGACUGUGUGUCCCUCACCCAUGGACAGACUGUCUGUCUGGCUCCUCUCCCUGCAGACCUUCCCUCCGAAACUGCCUGAGUCUGUUGGUCUCUCCAGAAAAGGGGUCUCCCUGGGGUCAGGGUGCUCAGGGACAUGGGUAGUGCUAAAGGUGCUGAUCCUCUGCUGCUUGGACAAUGGAGCCCAGUCUGAGAGGUGGACAGAUGGCUGCAGGGCAGGAGCCUGCAGCCUGUUCUGUGGGAAAAGGAAUGUUACUGACUCAAAACACGGGCGUGUCUACGGCUGGGCCAGCCAAGGCCAGGCAGGCUGCCCUGCUCUGCGGUCAGGACUGCCUGGUGAAAUGAACCUCAUCAGUCCCUUCUCAGUGGGGCGCGGACUUGCACGGCCUCAGCCAGUCUCUUACGAGCCUAGGUGGGAGUAGGGGUGGAGGUGCUUCAGAAUCAAUGCAUCUGAAAGGCAUGAGUCUAAAUGUAAAAGCUUUAAAUGUGCAGAAACCUGCAUAAACCUGGAACUCAUUGAUCUAACAUGUAUGUGGGAUGGACUUUAAAAUGAGGAAGCUUUAGAAACCAAGAUUACUAUUUUAUUUUCUGUUUUUAAAGAAUUAAAUUAAUAAUGGUUUGUUCUUGGAGAGAGAUCUUUCCGAAAUUUUCAAACGCACUUCCCGGCCUGGGCAAGCUAUUAACCAGAGAGGAAAGUGCUUUCUCACGCACAUUCACCAAUCUCUAAUUUCUGUCCUCCUAUCUCACCCUGUACUUUCCACGCCUCAGGCAAGUCUGUGUUAUCUUCAACCAACUGAUCAAUCCAUAAGUAUUUAUUUGUUAAAAACUUACUCUGUACCUAGCACUGUAAAUAGAAAAAGAGUAACAUCUCUAUGUGAAAAUAUGUAGGGGUGAAAAUUAGUUACUGGAACUAUAUGGAUCUGAUUUUUUACAAAAACAAAAGCCUAUUCCUCGGCCGAUUAAAAGUGU